CUUGGUUUUUGCACUUCAAUAUAUUUCGCUGAAUCAGAACCGUCGGUUAUUAUUUUUUUAGAUUAAAUGAAUCUUGUGGCUUGGGUUAGAGAAUUAGGGACUGAGGUUCACCCAUUAGAGGUUGGGGUUUAUAGUAUCAUGCCCCACACUCCGGUUAUUUCGUGCUUUAAAUAGUAAAACUCGACGGACGCACAAUGUACGCCUGAUGUACGCUAGCCUGAACUAUAUAUAUAUAUAUAUAUAUAUACCCUAACUUUUCUUGGGUGAACCACAGUCCCUAAUUCGAUUUGAUAUACAUUUUCUUUAUCGUUAUCUAAGUUUAUGAUGGAUAUUUUAGAUGAUAGUGAACAUAUAACCAAUUUUAUUAUGUACACUAUAUAUAUUGAACAUCACCAACUUAAGGGUUCAAAACGGGGUGCAAUUAUUGACAAUUUUGUUUUUUAAAACUAUAUAGUUACGACUUAACUCUUCAAUAGCCGAGAGACCUGACCAGAUGAUAAAUUCUAGAGAGGAUGGAGAUGCAAAUAGAGCAUGCAAAAUUGGAGAAUAGCUCCAAAGUUGACCCCGAAUUGCAUUUGCAAGCAACUUUUGGAAAAUCUGGUUGUUGAGGCUUUCGAGGAGCUUAAAUAAAUUACUAUUUGAAAUGUUGGUACUCAGUAUUAAGUAUUAACUCUUACCACAUAAAUAAACGAACUAAAAUUUUAAAUAAUAUGGCCACUAAGUCAAUUCAUAACUCCCCAUUUAUAUUUAUAGGUAUAACUCUAUCUCAUUUAACUAUUCAGUUGUCACGUAUACUAAAAUCAUCUGGGUUAAUUUGUAUGAACUCAUGUGGCAACUAAGAACAAUAUAGCCACUACCAUCAUUACUUGGUAUCACAACUAACUAAAUGUGUCCAACCAAUUUCAUGUCCCAAAUUAUCAAACACUUUAACCAACCUAAAUAUAACCAAGUUUUGAUAGAUAAUUCAUUAGCAGUCACUCACAAUCAACAAUAAUGCAACUUUCAAUUGAUAUAUAAGUUCAUAAAGAAAUCACCAUAAACAUAUUCAUCAAAGUUAACCUCAAAUUAAUUUUAAACCUCAAAUUAAUUUCAAACGUUUAAGGAAUAAACUACCAAGUAUAAGUUUUGAACCCUACGUUCUCUCUCUUCCGUUCUCUCUCUUCCGUUUUCUCUGAAUCGUAAAUCGUUGGCCGAUGACGACCGUCACCGGCGGAGCCUCCUCAGGUGCCGUCGGUGACGGGCGCACCUGGGCGUCUCUUUUUUCGAUCAAUCCUGAUUUCAAGCUGGACUAUUACGAGCCGGAGUUUGUCAAUGGGUCAUUGCGAAUACCGGCGUCUGUUAUUGAUGAGGGUUCAAAGCGCUGGGUUAAUUGUCUCGUUGGGCAAUUCCUUGAUCGACCGUCGUCACUGUCAUCUAUACACUUCUGGGCAAAUUGGAUUUGGGGACAUGACGGGGCGAUUAGGGUUUCUUGGUUGGGGGAAUCUCUGGUGCUCUUUCAAUUUCCGACGGCGGAGGUUUGUCGCUGGGUAUUCGAAGGGGGGCCAUGGCACCACAAGGAGAACAUGAUUUUUCUGCGGAAAUGGGAACCAGGUAUUCAGCCUCUAUCUAUCGAUAACUCGGUGGUUCCAGUAUGGGUUAGGAUAUCGAACUUGCCUUCUGAGAUGACUACGAAUGAGGGGUUAGGGCGGAUUGCAAGUUCUUUGGGUAAGCCGCUUUGUAUGGAUUAUCCUACGAAACAGGGGACAAGGCUCGGGAUGGCCAAGGUUUGUAUUGAGGUGACAGUGAAAUCGAAUAUGGUCAAUAAACUGAGCAUCACCCCGGACGGCAAACCUGAAAUGCUUGUGGAUGUGGAGUACUGUCAUGUUCCGUGCAAAUGUUUGAAGUGCAAUGUCUUUGGUCAUGACUGCUCCAAUCCAGGAGGGAGGACGAAACAGAUUUGGGUAGUUAAGCAGCCAAGAGUGUUGGAGGUACCUCAGGAUUCCAGGGAUAAAGGGAAAAGUGUUGCACUGGAGGAGGCUACUGAAUCUGUUAGUGCGAAUGCCAUAGCUGAGGUUUCAGCACAAGCUACUAUUGAUGGAGUUGAUGCACAGUCUAGUCAAUCUCCUGCUGGAUCUGUGGAGGGUGUCAUUGCUAUGAAUGAGGAUGGGUUUCAGGUGGUUACAAAUAGGAAGAAUCGUGUUAGAGCCCCUGCCCCUGGGUCGAUUAAGAGUCCAUGGAAUUAUACUGGUAGUUCCUCGGGGAAGUUGUCUGUGGAUGAGGUGAGUUUUCCAUCAUUAAAUCGUGUUAGCCCCAAGCAAGUUGUUGCCCUCCCUGCUCCUGUUAAGGGUAGAGGUCGAGGGAGGAAACGUGGCAAAUGAAGGUACUAUGUUGGAAUGUCAGGGGGUUUAAUGCCCCUGACAAGCACUCUGCAGUGCUGAAGAAAGUUCGUAGGUUGCA